AUGACAUACCGAGCCCUUUCCACCAGCUCAUCCUCCAUCCACAGCACCAAUACCUCGUCCUCCGCCACCAGUCUUCUGCAGGAACUACAUCCCCUGCCGUCACCUGACUCCUCAGUUCCACAACCCAAUUUCGCCCUCUCAGAUAUUGUAUUCGUCGUUGGUGAAGGUGAUUCCAGCCGUGAAAUAUGCGAGAUCGUCGACAUCGGCUACAAAGCUUCUGAGCAAUGCUAUGUCUAUGAUUGCACGCCCCGGUACAAUCCAGCAUUGCAAGGAUUGUUUCUUUGUCGGGACAGUGAUCUCAGGAAACCUAUAUUCUUAGUAGGCGACGAGGUUGGGGCUGCGGGUCAGCAGGACGGGAUGAGAGUGUUGGAUGUGAGAUAUUGGUCUGGUAGAUUCUGCUACAAGAUCGGUAAAGUGGAAGGGAAGGAGCAUAUCAAGGCUGCAGAGGACCCGGAUGAGCUACUACUGGAAGAAGAGGAGUUGCUGAGGAUGGUGGAGCAGAGAUUUCAGGAGAACAAACGGCCCUGA